AUGCGGCGAUCGGCUUCGGCGUCGAUGCCGUCGACAUCAAUUCCCGCUCGACACUCGCUAUCGGCACUCUAUCUUACACUCUUCACCCUCCUGUCGCUGCUCACGCCCCGCGCCGCAUCCUACAGCCUAUUCCCUCCCCGCCACAGCAAUGCCGUCGCAACCACGAAUAGCGACUCCCUCGCGGCCCGCGACUCUAAACCUUUUCUACUGCGCGUCAUGCCCCUCGGCGCAUCGAUAACAGUCGGGUACCAGUCGAGCGACGGCAAUGGGUAUCGCAAGCCGCUGCGGGAGCAGCUGCGCUAUGCGGGGUGGGGGGUCGAUAUGGUGGGGAGUCUGACGAAUGGGACGAUGAAGGAUAAUCAAAACGAAGGUCAUUUUGGAGACACCAUUGAGCAGAUCGCCGCAGCCGCCGCUCGCUCGGUCGGUAUGCAGCCGAAUGUUAUUUUGAUCAACGCCGGCACAAACGACGCCCUCCAUAACAGCGCAAUCCGCGGCGCCGGAUCCCGCAUCGACACCCUCCUCAGCGACCUCUUCACCGCAAUCCCCAACACGACCAUAAUCCUCUCGACGCUCAUCGCCAACACACACGCGCAGCGCGUCGUGCAGCGGAUAAGCGGCGAAUACCGCAACGUCGCUGCGCGGCGCCGCGCGGCCGGCGACCGCGUGGUCCUUGCCGAGAUGAGCUAUUUCGUCGGCUCGGAGUAUCUCGUCGACGGGACGCAUCCGGAUGAUGACGGGUAUCGGGCGAUGGCGGCGGUUUGGUGGGCGGGGAUACAGGAGGCGGAGAGGGCGGGGUUUUUGGUUGCUCCGAAUGAGGUUGAGAUUCAUAGGGAGAGUACGAGUGCCAGUGGCGGAUCGGGAUCCACGGCGAAUGUCUCGGCGCUUGUUGCGAGUGAGCGGAAUGGGACGGAGGGGGAGGGGCUGGAUGAUGGGCCGGUUGAGGAUCCGGGGUUGCCGAGUUAUAUUGCGCCUGCCCAGCCCUCGGUGGAUGAUGAUGGGGCUGCGGUGAGGAGUUGGAGUGGGAGAUUUGGGUGGGGGGUGCUUGUUGUACAGGGCUUCGUAUUGGCGCACCUGGUGAGUUGA